AUGGCAGACUCCAACGCGCCGCUGCUUCAAUCGCGCAGCUCAUACGGUUCGACUGAUAAGACCUCUACGCACCAUGAUAGUGAAACCGCGGGAGAAAUACACCCAAGGCGAGAUGUAGAAGACGAUGUCCUCCCUGAGACAUCAACCAUUGGGAGGAAUUUAUCGUGGCAGAGCGCUUAUAUCCUCGUUAUUUCGCGCGUCGUCGGCAGCGGUAUUUUUGCGACGCCGGGAACAAUCGUCCAAUCCGUCGGAAGCGCUGGACUAUCGCUAUCGCUAUGGAUAGUUGGCGCUUUCAUCGCAGCUUGCGGUCUUGCGGUAUCGCUUGAGUUUGGAUGUAUGCUUCCUCGGUCGGGAGGUGAUAAGGUAUACCUUGAGUUUGCGUAUCGACGACCGCGAUUACUUGCGUCUACGCUGUUUGCGAUUAAAUAUGCUUUAUUUGCGCUGGGAGUAGAAGCGACGGAUGUGUUGAGCAAGAGUCUUGCUGUAGGACUUCUCACGUUUGUCUGCAUCACACACAGCGUUUUCCCUAAAGCAGGCGUCAAGAUACAGGAUGUUCUGGGCUGGAUAAAGAUCGGUAUCAUUGUCUUUAUGAUCCUCUCGGGCUUUUACGUCGUCAUCUUCCGUCCCGACACGAGCACAGCACCACUUACGCAUCAACUUGCGUGGGAACAUCUUUGGGAAGAGACGAGCUGGAACUGGGGCGCCAUCGCAACGAGUUUGUUCAAAGUGUUUUAUUCAUUCGCGGGGUUGGAUAAUGCUGCGAAUGUUAUGAAUGAAGUCAAGCAGCCUGUGAGGACGUUGAGGUCCGUUGCGCUGACGGCGUUGGGGACGGCAUGUGGAUUGUACAUGCUUGUUAAUAUUGCGUACUUUCUGGUUGUGCCGAUUGAAGAGAUUAGAGAGAGUGGUGAACUGAUUGCCGCGUUGUUCUUUGAGAGGUUGUUUGGGGAGAAGUUUGGAAGAGUUGUGCUCCCGACAGCUGUGGCAUUAUCGUCAGUCGGCAAUGUCAUGGUUGUCGCUUUCGCACUGGCACGGAUGAAGCAAGAAAUCGCAAGACAAGGCUUCCUCCCAUACUCAUCCAUCCUCUCCUCCUCACGGCCAUUCAACUCUCCCAUGGGCGGCUUCAUAAUCCACUACAUUCCCUCAUUUCUCGUCAUGGUCCUGCCCCCCUCUGAUUCAAUCUACUCUCUCAUCCUCGAUAUCGACGGAUACGCCGCGCAGCUCAUCGGGCUAGCCGUAGCAAUCGGCCUCGUAAAGCUCCGCUUCCAACGUCCAGACCUCAAGCGACCCUUUAAAGCGUGGAUGCCCGCGACCGCCUGA